AUGAAGGUUAUACUAUGGAAUUGCCGUGGCGCGGGGAAGCCUUCCUUCGCCCCAGCUUUCCGUAGGAUUGUGCAGCAGCAUAGUCCGGAUGUAUGUGUGUUGUUUGAGACCCGAUUAUCGGGAAGGAGCCUACAGAAGGCUAGAAGAGCAGUACCCCGGACGUGGGGAUUUUAUGCAGUAGAAUCUCAGGGAUUGUCGGGCGGCAUCAUUGUCACUUGGUUGCAGGGCUCUUGCAGGCUGGAUGUCUUCCAUGUAUGUACCCAGGAGGUGGUAGUGGUGAUCUCGGAGGGUAGCGGAGUGUCAUGGGUUCUUGCUGCGGUGUAUGCUAGCACUGAUUUCAGGGAGAGACGGAUAUUGUGGGAGGAAGCAUCUCAGUUGAUUAAUCAGGGGUUACCUAUGUUGGUGGCUGGGGACUUCAAUUGUAUUGUUGAUCCUCAGGAGAAGAGGGGGGGGAGGCCCUUCUCAUAUGAGAGGAAGGUCAAGGAGUUCCAAGAUUUUUUAACAUCGAGUGGGUUGAUAGACUUGGGGUUCUCUGGCUCUAGGUUUACAUGGUGCAACAAUCAGCAGGGCCGGGCUAGAGUAUGGGAGCGACUUGAUAGAGCCUGUGCUACCGCUGGGUGGGUUCAGUGCUUUCCUGAUCACCAUGUGCGCCACUUGCCCAGGAUCGCGUCGGAUCAUUGCCCGCUACUGGUGAGUACAGAGACUUAUUUUCCAGUUCGUCAUCCUUUUAGAUUUGAGAAAAUAUGGCUCUGUUAUCCGAGAUCAUGGGAGAUGGUGAGAGAGGCUUGGAGUGCACCAGUUAGAGGAGAUGCUAUGUAUCGGGUGUCUCGUAGAUUGGAGCUGACGAGGAGGCGACUAAGGAGAUGGAAUCGAGAGGAGGUGGGAGAUAUUUUCAGGAGGAUUGAGGAGUCGGAGGAGGCCAUUGCCGGAUUACAGGCUCGGGAGGAUCAAAGGGGUGGUCUAGAGGAUGUGGAGAUGGGGGAGCUCAGAUCAUUAUUGGCAUUGCAUGAUGGGCUCCUUAGACAGCAGGAGACAUUUUGGAGACAGAAAUCGAGAGUACAGUGGAUUAUGGAGGGGGACAGAAACACUAGAUUUUUUCACCAGGCGACAGUUAUCAGAAGGCACCAGAACAGAAUUAGAGUUAUCCGGGAUGAGGAGGGGCAGCUAUCAGAGGAUCCGGAGGUGAUUCAGAGGAUCUUGGAGAGCUUCUUCAGGGCUAGGUGGACAGAGCUGCCUAUGGGUGGGAGCUUAGCGGAUAUGGCCCCGCCCUUAUCUAGGGUGUCAGAGGAGGAGACAGCAGCGCUGAUUAGUCCAGUCUCGGAUAGGGAGAUUAGUGAGGCAGUGAGGUCCUUUGCGGGGGACAAGGCUCCAGGGCCGGACGGCUUUCCACCCUUGUUUUUCCAGAGAUAUUGGAUGAUAGUUGGGCGAGAUGUGACGGCGGCUAUACAGCAGUUCUUUCGCACAGCGGUGAUGGCAGAAGAUUGGCAGAGGACUUUCAUUACCUUGAUACCGAAGCGGCAGGAUGCUUCGGAGCCGGGUCAUUUUCGUCCGAUUAGCCUUUGUACGACCUUGUACAAGGCAACAGCGAGGAUCCUUGCCGGCAGAUUGAGAGAUGUUCUCCCUAGGCUUAUUAGUCCAGAGCAGGGGGCUUUUUUGGAGGGACGAAGCAUAUCUGACAAUGUGCUUAUUGCCCAGGAGUUUAUGUUUGAUCUCGGUCGGGCUCCGAUGAGGAGGAGUCUGAUGGGGGUCAAGCUUGACAUGGAGAGGGCCUAUGAUAGGGUGAGAUGGGAUUUCUUGCAGCAGUCCUUGCAGGAGUUCGGGUUUCAUGAGAUAUGGAUCAGUUGGGUGAUGGGUUGUGUUCGUGCUCCCUCCUUUGCUAUCUUGGUGAACGGUCGUCACGGCAGGUGGCUCAGGCUAUUGGUCAGAUUCUUUGCGGCAUCGGGACAGCGGGUCAACCUGACCAAGUCAGCUAUUAUCUUUAGCCCAAAAACCAAAGUGGAGGUGAGGCGGUCUAUACUGGAGACCCCAGGGGUGGGAGAGCAGGAGGGCACGAUGACUUAUCUGGGGGUUCCACUCUCGGGCCACAGGUUGCGGAGUAGGGACUUUACAUCCAUGGAGCUUAGCAUCAGACGCCGAUUGGAGGGGUGGCAGAUGUUUACACUUUCUAUGAUGGGUAGGAUUACUCUGGUGCGGUCAGUUCUUACUUCGAUCCCUAUCUUUCUACUUUCCAAUGCUAUCAUUCCAGUUAGAGUCUUGAGGUCCUUUGAGCAGCUAUUCAGGAAAUUUAUCUGGGGGAGGAGUAGUGGCAGAGGUGGAGUCCACUUGCUGGCAUGGGAUGUGGUAUGCCAGCCGACUAGCCAUGGAGGUUUGGGGGUGCAGUCCCUGGUGGCGAGGAGGGAGGCUUUAGUGGCUAGACAUGCGGCUAGAUUCGUGCUUGAGCCCGAGAGCAUGUGGUCUUCGCUGAUGAGGGCCAAGUAUGGCACCUUGGUGCCCGGGGCCCGAGCCGGUCGUCACCACUCUCCGAUCUGGAGGGAGAUGUGUGCUAGUGCUGGGGUGGUGCUUCCGGAGAUCAGAUGGACCAUAGGCGACGGUCGGUCUAUUGAUGUGUUACAGGAUAGUUGGAUGACCGAGCUACCGAUCUGCUGUAUGCCGACCAUGGUGGAUUCGACGCGAUUAUCAGGGUGCAGGGUGAGUGAGCUGUUGACCUUGGAGGGGGGCCGAUGGAGGGAGGAGCUGAUCCGUGAGGUUUUUGGGGAGCAGCUGGCGGAGUCGGUUUUAUCCCUUCCUGUUCUCUUCGGGGGUGGAGCCGACAGAUUAGUUUGGAUGCCGACCGGACGGUCGCGGGUUCGGGUUAGAGAUCUUCUUGCCCUGAUCGGUAGGGAGCCAGCCCGUCAGAUUGAGGGUGGGUGGAUAUGGAGGAUGAGGAUUCACCCCCGUGUGGCGUUAUUCAUCUGGAAGGUGGCUUGGGGCUGCCUUCCUACGAGGAGCUUAUUGGUUCGGCGUGGUAUGGCGGUCUCUCAGUGCUGUGAGGAGUGUGCAGAUAUCGAGGAGACGAUCGAGCAUGUCCUUCUGCGGUGUCCUAGAGCCCGAGAGAUUUGGCGGAUGGCACCAGUCCUACUACCCGAUUCAGUGGUGUUUGCACAGGAUUUGAUUCAUAUGUUGAGAGUCUCCGUGCGGAGCCCCAGAUUUGCUGAGGCUGGGAUUGUAGUGGCAUACCUGUCCUAUUACAUAUGGCUGGACAGGAAUGCCGGUCUUUUCGAGGGGAGGAGGUCGUCUCCGAGGAUGGUGGUAGACAGAGCGAUGCUAUCUGCGAGGGAGGUUCUUGCGGCUACCGUCGGUUUUCUUCUGGGUUAG